CUUCAAGAGCCUGACACGUCGUAUACAGUCAGUUCAGCAAUAAAGGGCCGCAGUGAGCAUUGAGCAUGGGCAACAGCGACAGCAAGAGCAAGUUCCGCGAGAGCGUGUACAAGCUCAACAAUGAGGUGAUCAGCAGCAAGAACCUCGAGUUCUGGGACAAGCUGUGGCGCAUCCCGACGGUGGCGGAGGAGAUCUUUACGCUCAUCCAGCCGGACGACGUGCGCAUGCUGCGUCACCAGCAGCCUGAGAAUCUGGCCACGAUGCUCAAGCAGGCAGUCUCUCAGAUCGUACAGAUCGUAGACACGCCUGUGCCCAAGUAUUACCAGCAGGCAGUGAAUUGUGUGCGUGUAUUGACACGUCUAGUGCCCUUUAUACUGGAGGAAGGCGGCGAUGAGUUCGUCGAGAAGCUUUUCUGGAGUGUCGAAGGCGACGAAGGCGUUAAGUCCGGCGACGAAGAGGACGAGACUAAGGACGAAACAACCGGAGCGGAGCCACUGGCCAAGCAGAUGAUCCACGCUAUAAUGGGGCUGUUGUUCCUGCCAGAGUUCACAGUCUCCAUCCACGCGUACAAAGGAUACGGAGAGGAGCGACGUAGCGCUACACGUAGUGGGCAGAGUACAACCAGUGGGUCGUUAGUGUUCCCGAGUCUGCUGUGGCACUCAGGUGUGGGGUAUCCGGACGCGAGCGUGGUCAACUCGUCCAACUACGACAGGAACAGGAAGGAGGUUCUGGCGCUGCUGUUGACGUGCUUUUCCGGUAUUUUGUAUCAAACAGCAGAGACCUGCAGUCAGUGGAAGGAUAGAUUCUUGGAGGUAGCUACAGCUCCCGAUUGCCCCUUUGGACCGACGCUGUUCUACUCGCUGCUGAACAUCGUGGUGUCCUAUGACCCUGUGGGGUGGGGCGUGCCCUACGCCGGCUCCAUUGUGUCGGAUGAUCGCGAACUAUUGGUGGACUUGUCGCUGCAGGUGCUUCUAGUGCUGCUGGACUUUGGUCAGACGACUCAGACUAACGUGGCAGCGACCUCCAAGCCACAGCAGGGGAGCUCCACGCCUGCAGCAAAGCGCCGGUCUUCUUCUGUCACGUCACGAUCGUCCAACCCGGUGUUUGACGGUGUAUCGAACGUGUACCGUACCUUGCUGUCAGCACUGCAACGACCGGAAGAUUUCCAGUUAAUCUUCACGGGACUGUCACGUCUAUUGAACAACUAUCAUCAGUCUAUGAGCACUCUACUACCGAACUCGAUCAAGCAGAUUAAAUGCCAUCAAGAACUGCUCGUGCUGCUGUGGAAAAUGCUGGACGAGAACUCAGAGUUCCUGCAGUAUGUGCUCAAGAAGGCCGACGUGAACCAGCUGGUAGUGCCGCUGUUGUUCUUAAUGUACGAGGGCAGACAAGAGCCGGCCAAGGUGGGGAUGAUCCACAUUUGCACCUUCAUCCUGCUGCUAUUGAGCGGUGAGCGUGACUUUGGUGUGAACCUCAACAAACCCUUCAACAACCACCUGCCUCUGGACUUGCCGCCGUUCUCCGGCAACCACGCAGAUCUGCUGAUUGUGUGCUUGCACAAGAUCAUCGUCAGCGGCUACGAGAAGCUCAACUCGGUGUACAACUGCUUCCUGACAAUCAUCUGCAACAUCUCGCCGUACUGCAAGAAGCUCAACAUGGUCUCGGCGGUGCGUCUCCUGCGCUUGUUCAAGCUCUUCGCGCAGCCGAGAUACCUGUUCGACAACGAAGCCAACCACCACCUCGUCUUCUUCCUGCUGGAGGCGUUCGACAACAUCAUCCAGUACCAGUACGAAGGCAACCAGCAGGUGGUGUACGCCAUGAUCCAGAACAAGAACGUCUUCUAUCAGCUCAACGACCUGCAGCUCCCACCGAUCCGAGCGUCAACGGAGAGCAAGAAGCCCGUCACGAAGGAGGGGGAAGAAGGAGCAGAGCAGGAGGAAUCCCAAGAGUUCGUCCCUACCGUCGAGUGGCUCACUGCAUGGAAGAAGAAACUGCCGCUUACAACGAGUCUGCGCUUGCUCCAGUACCUUAUUCCACAGCUUGAAGAGGCCUGUCAGAAGGCUGGCGGGAGUCUGGAUGAAGACGCGAUGCUCUACUUCCUGCGCACGACCACGAUGGUGGGUCUGCUGCCUGUGCCCCACCCGAUCGUAAUCCGGAAGUACCAGAUCAACCAGUUCACGCACUUGUGGUUCACCACGUUCACGUGGGGCGUCAUCUUCCUGCGCAACCAGAUGCUGCCUCUCUUUGACGGCGGAGCGAUCACUCUGUUCACCAUCAGCGUCCUAUAAGAAGAAAGGUAAACAUGGUUGAGUCACGGGCGAAAGUCCUACAAUGAAA